CCGGUUGAUUGAGUAGUGACCGGCUUAGACGCCUCAUGGCGGCGGGUGUGCUUGGAGUUUUCUACAAAUCGAUAUAUCAUUGGAAUCAUCGAUAAAACAAUAAUUUUGUUAUAAUCGCUCAUCUCAAGAUUGAAAUGUCAACUACAAAUCGUUUGAUUGAUUUAUGUCGAGGUAUCAAAGGCAAAGCUUCAUCAAAUUCUUCAGUGAUCAAAAGCCUAACUGAGAUAUUUAAAAAAUAUGGCUUGCAUCCGAAUGCUGCAAAAGCCACGCUAUCAUCCAACAGUUUGCUACCAAAAUCAUAUAAACUUCGUGUUGAUUGGAGUCAUACAGACUUUGAGUCCAUUGAAAAAGUGAAUUUUUUCACUGAAUACAUGGUUAAUUUGCAAGAUGAUGGAAACGUAGAUAAAGUUAUUGCCUUGAAUAAUCUACAAGAUGUAAGUGAGGAAUUAAUUUCAGUUACCUCGCUUGACAAUCAAUGGAAAGCUGUCGUGCGUGAAAAAAUUGGAAAAGACAAGAAAAGCAGUCAAGUUAUUGAAUUUUGGACAAAAAAGGGAAAGAUUAAAACUCUUAAUGGAGAUAAAGAUAAGUCUUUCGGUAAAAUACAUUGUUCACCAACUUUUGGUAAAAUGAGUUGGUCUCCAGAAGGAUCACAGUUAAUGUUUAUUGCCGAUAAAUACAAAACAACGUCUGGAUUUUUUGAGGAAUCGAAAAAGAAUAAAGACAAUAAUGAUGAAUCAAAGAGUGAUUUGGAUGAAAAUAUAAAACCAAGUGGUCAAGGAGAAGAAUACUUGUUAAAAGAGGAUUGGGGGGAACAACUUGAAGGCACCUAUAAUCCGAUUGUUUGUAUUGUUGACCGCAAAGAUGAUUAUAGAAUAAGAACGAUCGAAGUUCCCGGAGUCUCAUGCAGUGAAGCCUUUUGGAUAGAUGAUAAAACAAUUGGUUUUGUUGGUAUAAUGGAGGAAUCUCGUCGAUUAGGACUCAUAUUUUGUCCUAUCCGAAAGUCAUGUCUAUAUAAAUGUGACUUGAGAGAUCCUGAAUCAGAGCCUGUUUGCAUUUAUGGAAAAAAUAACAGCAUUGCACUCAGAAGUCCAAGAGUCAGUUAUGAUUCCAAGAAAAUUGUUUUUCUUUGUAAUCCACCAUCAGGACCACAUUUCCAAGCAUCAUCAUUGGUAGUUUUGAAUUUGGAAGAUUCUACAUCAAAAACUUUAAUCAACACUGAUAAUUUGUUACCCAAUGAAAUUGAGGAUCCUACCGAAAUCAGAUCACUUUAUUGCAUAUAUUUGCCAAAUCCAUGUUGGUUAUCUGAUAAUAAAAGCAUCAUAGUGGAGGCCAGCAUGGGUUACAGAACUCAUCUAUUUCAUAUCAAUUGUGAGACAGGUUUAAAUAAACGCAUUGCUCUACCUGGUAAAGUGGUUUCAGUUUUGUCACUGUUGGAUGAUUUGGUUGUUUUAAAAAUUUCCGAACCUAAUCGUGGAAAUAAUUUACAAAUAGGUAAACUAAAACACAACGAUAAUCAACUUGCCUUAAUCCCUAUCGAUCCAAACUAUGAAGUUAGAAUAGAUGAUAUGGAAUAUCGAUGUGAUAUCUUAGAAAAAAUUGACCCUUCAACUAAUGAUAAACAAAUUGUUACAUCUGUUUACAUAAGCCCAAAAGAGCUGAUGGAUAAACCAAGUGCAGCUAUUUUACUUCCCCAUGGAGGGCCUCAUUCACAUUUUGAGGCGUCAUACCUCAGUACAGUUGCAGCCAUGGUUGAAGCUGGCUUUAAAUUAAUUUUGGUCAAUUACCGUGGAUCAACUGGCAUCAACUCUGCUCAUGAAAAGUUUCUGUGUGAUAAAGUUGGAACAACUGAUGUCGAAGAUUGCAUUCAUGUACUAAAAUAUUACAUCGAAAAAUCACAGAUUGAUCCAAAACAAGUUUUCCUUCUCGGUGGAAGUCACGGUGGAUUUCUAGUUACCCAUUUAAUUGGACAACAUAGUAAUUUUGGAUUUAAAGCUUGUAGCGCUCGAAACCCAGUUACAGAUCUUGCCAGUGGAUUUGGUACUUCUGAUAUUCCUGAUUGGCAUCUUGUCGAGGGACUUGGUGAUCUAAGCAUUUACCCAUUGAAUACUAAACCAACACCAGAAUUAUUGAAAGAGUUAUUGCUUAAGUCUCCUAUUUUUCAUAUCGACAAAGUAAAAACUCCAGUUCUAAUGUGUCUAGGUACUAAAGACAAGCGAGUUUCAAUGAGCCAAGGAUUAAAUUACUAUUAUGGAUUAAAAGCACGCCAGAUUGAAGCAAAAUGUUUGGUUUAUGAAGACAAUCAUAGCUUAAGCAAAGAAGCGCAUUAUUUAGAUAUGUCAGUGAAUACUAUGUUAUGGUUUCUCGAUCAUCUUUCGUCCACUUCUGAGUAAUUGAAUAUUUCCACUGGAUAUUUGUAUCUUUUUGUGUAUAAUGAAUACUCUAGAAAUAAAUGUGCAAAAGUCAUGAAAAAUUCACUUUAAUUCUGUAA